AUGUCGCCGGAAGAAAUCUUGGCAGUGGCAGCCAAUGCUGAUGGGAAGCAGAAGCAGCCAGAGCUUUUCUUCAUGGAGAUGCAGUCAUUGGUGAAGGGAGGGAAAGCAUACUUGAAGGAGUUGGGCUUCAGGGACAAGCUCAUCCCACUCUUGCUCUCUUGUAUGCGAUGGGCCAUGGGACCUUUGGCGCGCAAUCACUUGGCCGAGUUGAUGUGCCUGGUAGGGUCUGUGGAGGGUCGUGCGAUUAUUCCAAUCAUUGACGGCAUACUGGAAUUCUUCAACCCCAACCCAAACAAGCAGAGCAAGGACGAGAUGACGCGGCUGAACGCGCUGAUCUGCUUGCAAGAGAUGGUCGAGAAGCAUGGCAUGUACAUCUCCUCCAAGCUUGGGACAGUCUUUGUGACCUGCAAGGGAGUGCUCAAAACAAGCGAGGAUGAGCGUGUACGGUUGGCCGGCAGCGAAACACUGACGCUUGUCAUCGACAAGCUAGGGCGGUUCGGGCGAUCCUCGCAUGAGGAAGCUUUCAAGAUAGUGAAGUUGUUGUUGUUCCAGAAGCAAAGCAGCUUGCGGGUAGCAGGAGCACAGCUGCUGUAUGCCCUCGCUGUGCACUGUGACAACUGUAUCCCGGUGGAGAAUCAGGUGGCGAACGUGUUGAAGGUGUUGAGCGAUCCGGCAUUGAGCCAGACAGUAGCGGUGAAGGAAAUGUCACUGAUCCUCGGAGACGUCCUGUACAAGAUUUCUGGAAACAAGUCUGGGGGCAGCGAGGAGGGGAAGGGGCUGCGCGACAGGUUCGGCAAGCGGCGGGUUGUUGUGGGAGUGAAAGGCGUCCACGACUUCCUGUCAGCCAUAUUCUGGAAGGACAAGUGCCCACAAUUUUUGCGGAUCGCCAUCACGAGAUCCUUCAAGAGGUUCUUCCAGGCGUUCGCUGCCUCAGAAUCCUCCACCGAGACUGUACAGAGCGUCAAGUACGUCUUAGACCUCGCCUCCCCCCGGAGCGCCUCGAAGGGGAUGGGAGAGGACUCACGGCUCAAGGCCGCGUGUGUCUCAGACGUCUUGCGGGGGGUGAGCACGUCCUUGUCGGAGGAUGGCCGGGCCCUCCUCGUCAGCCUCCUCCUCAACGAAGUGAUGAACAGAGGACACAGCCUCCUCGGCGAGCAUCGGGACCUGUCGCAAGCCGUCGCAGUCACCUGUGCUCUGGGAGAGCUGGCGUACUUGUAUAGUGAGAUGGGAGGCGUCCAGCCUGCGGUGGAGGUGAAAGACUUCCUAUUGAAGCUCUGCGCCGCUCCAUGGACUCCAACUCGCGUCGCUGCGGCUGAGGCGAUCCGGGCGUACUGCUCCUGCGCACCUGAGUUGCUGCUCCCCACACUGCAGGAAUGCCUCAACUUCCUCCAUAUGGAAGUGGGCCUGACUCAGUCGGAGAGCUCUUCGCAGAAGAUCCACGGUCUCUCCUGCUUCGUUGUCACGCUCAUGGCGGCAGCUAAGGUGCAGGUACACGGCCUCCCAUGCGCUCUGCUGGACUCCGUCAUGUCGCUGUCCAAGAUGAUGCUGAAGGAGGCAUUUCGUGCCGCCAACGAGGGGAGCAGCUGGGGUACGAGCAGGGUUGAGGGAGCCUGGGCGAUGAUAUGUGCCUGUCUCCGAUCGGGCUACGACUGGAUCGAGACUUACCUUCCGGUGUUGCCGCGGAUGUGGGCAGAGCACAUCACAGACGCGGCGUCUGGCGAUUCGGCAUACCGGGAGAUGCUGUUGGAGUUCAGAAUGAUGAGCAUGAGCGGAGCGCUGACGAGCAUCAGAGUCCUGCUGGCCGAGUGCCCGCAGGCCAUCGAAGUCCCGCAGAUAGCGCACUCGGUCAAGGUUUCAAUCCAGCACGCCCUUCAGUCGGACCUGAUCACCAAGUCCCCCAAGCUCCUGCUGGAGUCCUCCAAGUCUCUCGACUUGCACGCCACCAGAGCAGAUGGGCUGAAGCUGCGGCUCUUCCAGCUGCUGUGUGUCGCUCCUCUCAGCCUCGUCAAGCAUGACGCGCACCUGAGUAUCCUCAGAAGAACUUUCCAGGUCAUGGGCAGGGCAGCGAGCAAGCGAGGAGCGGGGACGACGCUCGUUGCCGACUUCCUCAACCCGGACGACGACAGCCUCCUCCCUCACGAGAUGGCCCGAGAGCCGCAGGCCUGUCCGCUUGAUCACUGUGAGGGAAACUUGGGGAACUGGGACGACGAUCCCGUGUGCGAUGCGAAGAUUGCGGAGCUGUGGGAUGACGUCAGUCCGUCCGAUGACAAGCUGAACUCAUCCCUCGUCAACGAGCUGGUGGACGCUGCGGUCAAUGUCUUUGUCAGGAUUUUCCCCAGCUCGAGCUGGGAGGAUCAGAGCGUGCUGAUUGUAGCUCUCUCUGAAAACGUCCUGAGCCUUCAGGAUGCUAACCAUCGCAACGUUGCCGUUCUCAACAUCUGCGCCGGGCUGCUGGGGGCGCUGAAGAGCAUGGCGGAGAAAGGAUCUCUGCUGCCAAACUGCCCAGAGUGGAGGGAGACGAUGCCUGCCAUCCUCCAGACGUUGCUCUCGGAGGGGAACCUUUUGCUCAAGAGGAUCGCAGGAGAGUCGAUCGCCCUGGUGCUCCGGCUUUCUCCCGAGAAGCAGAUGGAGAGUGCGGUGGCGAUGCUGAUGAGCCCUCCCAAGGCGCAGGAGGAGACGUUCGCUCUCGGUGCCUCGGGGAAGGCUUUCGCCCUUGGCUGCCUCUACCGAUACGUUGGGGGCAUGCGAUGCAACAGGCACCUCAACCCAAAGUCGACCAUCGAGCAGCUGAGCAACUGGAUGGGCUCCUCCUCCUCCUCCUCGAGUCUCUGCAAGGCCUGGACAGUCCACGGGAUCAGCCUCAUCAUCGAGUACGCGACGGUAGCGACGGACAACCUCGCCUUCAUGGCGCUGGAUCUGGUCAAGUUGGAACUGAAGGAGGAGGAGGCCGAGCAGGAACUGGAAGAAGCCCUUCACCCCACGUUCCUGAUGUCCGCUGCUCGGCUGAGCAGCGCAGUCAUCUCCACCAUCGGGCCGGAGAUCAUGCCGGGGAGCGACAUCCUGACUACCAUCAUGGCGAUCGUCGACCAACUCAAGAGGAGCAGGACGUGUGUCUGGAAGGCCUCUUGCCUCGAAGCCAUCUCGCUGCUGCAGAAGCUGAUCCUCUUCCUCCCCCGCGGCUCGAUCCCCUCCGACUUCAUCCUCCAGCUCAUUCCCUUCCUCAACAUGGAAUCCACCCUCCUCCACCGCAAGGCGCUGACCUGCCUGCGGCAGACAGCCGACCAGAACCUUCAGCACUUGAAGACGGCAAGGGGACUGGAGAAAUGUCUCCUCCGCCUGGCUGACAUGGACCAGGAUGAGAUCGUCCAGGCAGAGACCAAGGAGCUGAUCCUGCUGCUCAUGCUGCCUCCCUCCUCCGACAUGGAGCCGAUCGAGUCCUUCAUAACGCUGCGGGAUGUGGUCACGGGCAAGCAUGACAAGAUCCUGUUCCACGACAGCUUCCCCCCCUCUUGGGUCCCCUCGUCCUCUCCCCAGCAAGAAACGCAGGAGAAGGUGAAGGAAGAGGAGGAAUCCAAGGAGGAUCUCUUCGAACAGGAGGACGGGGAGGAUGAACUUGAAGGCUCGGAUAGCGUGGGAGCUCGCGUGUCCCAUCCAGCCGGUGCGUCCUCCUCCUCCUCUUCCUACAGCCCUCGGUGGCAGACGAGGUUCCUUGCUCUCAACUGCCUCCACCUGCUGCUGCGGAACGUUCACGAGGGCGCGGCGGAGGGGCGAGGAGGAGCGGCGCACUUCGACCUCAAGCUUGCUCGAGCGUCUGCUGGGGGAGAGAAGAAGUUUCUCAUCGCCCACAUCAACUCCAUCAUAUCCAUGGCGUACAACGCGAUCUCCUCCUCCGUCAACCCGCUGCGGGUCGCUGGCAUUACCCUGCUUGAGGUGGCGGUGCGGGUGUUUGCGGCCUCCAAGGACCCGGACGUCGAGGACGAUGCUCCCUUGCUAGAGCAGUUCCAGGCUCAGAUCAAUUCUGUGAUCAAGUCAGCGCUCAACGGCACAGCCUCUCCCUCCGUCUCCGUGGGAGCAUGCAACGUGUGCUGGGAGCUUAUCUCGAGGGAUGUGUACAGGAACGAGCCGGACGGCAUCCGCCGCAUCCUGACCCUCCUCAUGCAGUCUGUGGUCCGAUCGGUGGCAGAGAGGAAUGCCAUGUACAGCGACAUGGCGUAUGCGACUGUGCAGAUGACGUUGCUCACGACCCUUGCUCGCCUCCUCUCAGCCCAGUGCAAGGACAGAGCUCUUGUUUCCUCAGCCCUCGCUGAAGAUGGGGAGGUGCUGUGCCGGCUGUGGGCGGCGGGGAUCCGGCAGCAGGUCAGGGUGAGCAUGGUUCCUGUGGAGCUUGCGAACCAGAUCACCAUCACGGAAGAGGAAGAGACUAUCUCAGCUGGAGUGUUCCAGCAUGCGAUCCAUCCUCUCCUCGCCUCCUGCGUCCCGAGCUACUUGCGUGCUGUGGCGACUUUCGUCUCCGACUCGCUCCUCAAGGAUGCGCAGCGAGCCCACGAGCUCUGCUGCGAGGUUCUCCUCCUCACUAUCGUCCUGCUAAGGUGGAUGAUCCAGGUCGACUCCAGCAGGCAGACCAUCGUGGGCGACCCCGCCUCCAUCUGCGCAAUCGCUGCUUCCCUGCGGACGCUCUUGACGAGGAGUGUCGUGGAGCGUCUGAAGGAAGGAGGGAUCUUGAGGAGGGAGAGAGGAGAAGGGGGAGCUGGUCCGCCGCUCGAUGCUGCCGAGUGCUGGCGCAUGCUGCAAGGCGUGGCAGUGGCGAUGGUUUGCACUCCCUCCCACCUGAGCGUGGCGGACGCCGGGAUCGACCUCCUCCUGCACCUCGCCCGGGUCGUCCCGGAGCAGCAGCGUGAGGGGAGGAUGGAGGAGGUGGUUGUGGGGACGCUGCUAGCUCCGGUCAACGAGAUCUUCGUCGAGGAGGGGAACAGGGGCAGGCGAUUGCUCCGCCUCUCCGCCAAGGGGCUGCGGGAGCCCGCAGCCAUCUCGAGGAGCGCCAGGGCGUUUGCUGGGAUCUCAAGGUUCCUGCAGGAAGUCAGAGACCCGAGCUGGAGGAGCUUGCGGCGGUACGAAACGAGGAAGGAGCUGGAGGCAUGCGUUAUGACCGUCCUGACCUCGUGCUGCACGGGGCUGGACAGGCUGGAAGGGAAGCAGGACGAUAAAUCUAGGAUGGGAACAGCAGAGGAGGAGGAGGAGAAGGAGGAGGCAGCGAAGGCUCGGCUGGAGCGGAGGAGGUGGAGAGAGUCGCUGGGAGAGUGCCUGCUGGCAGGGCUGUUCGAGAUCGUGCAGCACAAGGGGAGGUUGGACAGUCAUGUGCUCGAGGCGAUCCUCUGCACCGUGACGCUGUCCGUCCCGGACGGGAAGGGAGAGGAGGAGGGGGCGAAGGACGACUUCCGUCCCCUGGAAGUUGCGGUGGUGAAGCUCAUCGUAUCGAAGCUGCCGGACAUGUUUGUCCCCCCCGAGCUCGUUGAGGGAGCGAGGGGGACGGGGAGCAGCGGGAUUGCAACCCUCAGGAGGGUGAUGCAGAACCUUCUGACCCACAGUACGCAGGGCUCUGCUCGGAGGCAGCACGCCUCCAUUCCAAGGUGA